CGACGGAGUAUGAGCAAAAAUAAGCUGCUUUUCGAUCCAAAAAAACACGACCCCUUAAAGUUUAAUCAUUUAAAUAAGAAAAAGUCAAACGAUGGGUACUCGCUCUCUACCACUUCCUCGACUAUAGACGACUCCAGAGAUCACUACAAAGAUAAGGAGAAACAGCGCAGAAAGAGGAGAGAUGCGAGAUCACAGUCUAGCCACGACUCGAAGUCUUCAAAUAAUAGCAACUCGAAAAAGUCGAAAGAUGAGCCUACUUCCGCAUUUUUGGUCCAGUUGAAGAGGGCUUAUAGGGAUAUCAUGGACACCGAGAAUAAAUUAAUCGACGAGCGCAGGUUAGCUACAACCUCCUCCAAGGUAUCCCUUUUCGGUCAAAAGUCGAACGACGACUUGAAUUGGAUCAGAUUAGUAAACAAGCAUAAGGCUCUUGCCGAUGCUUAUCACAACUUCCUCGCUACUUCUCUUGCUCCUCAUACGCCCACUUCUCUCCAUGCCUUGCCGCAGAAGUAUAAUAUACCGACGCGUCUAUGGCAGAACGCUUUUCAUGGUUUAUUAGAAAAAAUGAGAAGUAGUCUGAAUCCCAAUAAUCCUAAUAACACUUUAGAUCAUCUCUCCGAUUUCGUCUACCACGCUUACGCUUUCUAUACCAAUCUACUCGAGGAACCCGUGCUCUCGCCAUUUAAAGCCAGUUGGAUAGAAGCACUGGGUGAUCUCGCAAGAUAUAGAAUGGCUGUAUCUUCCAUUGAGUCGGCUAAUAGUAGUAACUCGCCGACUAGUCUACCGACAAGCUUUACUACACCAGCACCAGCUAGUCCGAAUGAGGCCCGUAUAGAUGAUUCCCAGAAUGACCGUCCACCAGCCGCAAUGGAGGUCGCCAGUGUUGGUCUUCCAGCACUUAGAGCUGGUGGUUUUGAUAUAGAAGAUCGUCACUUGUGGAGACAAGUUGCUAGAGAUUGGUAUGGUCAGGGUUUAAGAGACAUGCCAGGUACAGGGAGAUUGCAACAUCAUUUGGGUAUAUUAUGUAGGAAUUCUCAAGAUUCAGAUGAAAGUCUCAGAGCGUUGUAUCAUCUUUGCAAGGCCUUAACUACUUCACAUCCUUACACCACCGCUAGAGAGACUCUUCUCAGUCUCUUUGAUCCAGAAUUGCAAAAUGCUAGAAAAUUGGAAAACAGAGCAACUGAAUUAUUCACUUACGCACAUGGUAUUUUAUUUACAAAGAUAGAAUUGGAUACUUUUCCUCAAGCUCUUGACAAGUUACUUAAACAUCUAAAAGCCGAAAGGGGAAGUCUUCCUGAUGUUGUGUGGAUAAUGAUGGGAGUUGUCAAUAUAACAAGCUUGUUACAAUAUGGUCAAGAUGACAGCAUACUGAAACGUACGGCUAACACCGUCGAUGAUGCAUUCAAACGUCAGAAACAGUUGCAUACAUCAUCCUCAAACCACUCUCUUAAUUCAGCUAGUGCCUUCAAUUCACCUGUGCCCCCUGUACCUGCACUCCCGCAAGCGAUUAUGAUGCACUCGAAUCCUAAAACCGGAAGUAGUCAAAAUUUACUAUCAAGUAGUCCAAGAUCUAGUCACUCAUUUGAGAAUCUCAAUAGACCCGGAUCUAGUGCAAGUACGAGAUCUGAAGGUGGUGAUGAUGAUGUUGUUCUAUCUCUCAACAAAGAACCUGCUGGUGAAGAAUACAAUACCUCAAAAAUUGUCUUUGAGUAUGCCCAAGAGUUAACGUUUAGUAUAUUCAACUUAUUACUUAAUAACCCAACAUCAGAACUACCAGGAUCACCUCUUAAUCCUUAUAUUACUAUAGUUAUGACACACCUUAUUACAAUUUUGAAGCAAUCAACAGUUUUAUCUCUGUUGGAAAAGAAAGUACCUUGGAUUGAAUUAUCAGUUUUCUUGUCAAAAUUACUUCCAAAUAAAUCCACAUUAGAUAAGGGUACAAAAUCUAAUAGUAACACACCUCAAGGUCCUCAACUUUCGAGAUUAGUAUCUGGUGCUCCUUUACCUGAAGAUUGGUGUUUAAGGGGUAUGGAAUGGGUUGGUAGAAGGGUCUAUGAGAGGGGUUUCUGGAAGGCUAGAACCGGAACGAGUACAGGUGCAAGCUAUUCAGGUGCACCACCACCAGUCCCUGGAUCGCAAAUUCAAUCAGAAAUGGAUGUACUUUCAAAUCAACAAGGGCUUUUCAAUAAAACUCCAAAUGGUUCAACACCUCAGGAUGGUUUAAUCGAAAGUGAUGAUGAAGAUGACUUAGAAAAGGAUUUGUCAGGGUUGGGGUUAAGUGAACGUGAUGAAAACGCUCCCACAAAAUCCAAUGACCUCGACUCACCACUCAAACUCGCACAAAGAAGAUUGGCUAGACUUGCAUUCAGUAGCGCAAUUUUAACCAGAUUAGUUCAAGGAUUUGAUUUGAGAUACCUCGAUAAUGAAAACAUUCAAUUUGUAGUUAGAGGUGAACUUGAAGAAAAGAUCCAAACGUGGAGAGCUGAAGAAGCAAGGAAGCAAGAAGAUGAGUUAAGGAGAUUGGAAGGAUUAUAUCAAAAUAAUACAGAUAGUGAUAUCGAUUCUGAUGACUUAUCCGAUGUAUCUUCACUUAGUUCAGCAAUUGAUAGUGAUGAUGAUGACGAUGAGAUCAAACAACUAAAAAUACGUAGAAAGGAAUUAAAGAAUCUCAUGAGAGAGCAAAAGAAAGAUGAAAUUGCUAGACAACAAGGACAUACAACUGUUGUCGAUACAUUACAACCCGGAUAUACAACCCUCGUAUUUGAUACGAAUGUUAUGUUAUAUUCUAUUGAAUAUGUUCAGACGUUCAUUGAUAGUGAGUCAUGGAUUUGCGUGGUUCCUUUAGCAGUCAUAACUGAAUUGGAUGGUCUAUCUAAGAGUGACAAUGCACUUGGUAAUGCAGCUUUGAUCGCAACUUCAUACCUUGAUGUCGCAGUCGAGCGCAGCAAGUCGUUGAAGAUACAAACAUCAAAAAACAACUUCUUGAAUGAUCUCACAAUGAGGUAUGAAGAUUAUGCUGUCGGAGGAAUGGAAGGAUUUGAAGAAAGGAAGACACUAGAUGAUGUUAUAUUAGAUGUCGCUAAAUGGCAAAACAACAACUGGGUUGAGAGAAAUUCAUCAGUCAACGCUUUUAGCUUGAACUCACCACCUCAAUCACCAACGUUGUCUUCAUCAACCUUCAGUCCAACACUCUCACAAGCUUCACCAGUGAGAUCAACGGCAGUUCCUUUCAAGCAACAACAAGCAAAGAAGAAUAUUACGUCUUCAAAAGUUGCUUUAAUCACUUAUGAUCGCAACCUUCGUUUGAAAGGUCACGCUGUUGGUGUUACGACUGUCAAUGAGGUUGAAUUUAGCAAGCUUCACAAAAAGUUUUUCAAUGGUUAAACUCAUUCUUUUGAUUGUUGAAUGAUUAAUUAUGGAUUUUUUGUGAUUGUUUUCUAAUCACUAAAUUAGGUAAGAGAAGAUAAUCGGCUCAAUACGUCAAGUGCCUGGUACAUAUCUACGUGCUUGAAUUGGAGUUAAUUUCGAUUACCAUUAUAAUGGAUAAUCUCACUGGUUUCUUUUCCCUUUUCAUCUUUUUACUUUCAUUUAUUUAUACGCACGCAGUAGUUAUUAAUUAUUCAGUGCUUGUUUUAUAAAAUAUAUUAUCAUGC